AAAAAAAAACAAGUCGAAAUAAUGGAUGAUGACGAUAUUUCUGUGCGAGUGGGUGUCAGAAUCCGCCCACAGACACCACGCGAAAUCAUUGACAUGUGUCAUAUUUGCACGACUGUUACACCAGGGGAGCCUCAAGUUACUUUAGGAAGUGAUAAGGCGUUCACCUAUAACCAUGUGUUCGAUAUGGAAUCCACUCAGGGCGAGAUCUAUGAAAAUACGGUUGCUUCUCUAGUCGAAUCUUCUCUUGAAGGGUACAACGCCACUGUUCUCGCAUACGGACAAACGGGAUCUGGGAAAACAUACACAAUGGGAUCGGGCUUCGACGUCGAUGUUAAAGACGAACAAAAAGGGAUCAUUCCAAGGGCCAUUCACCAUCUCUUCGAUGGCAUCCAUUCCAAAAUUCAAAAGGCACAGUCAGCUGGAACACUACCACCUGAGUUUAAAGUUUCAGCGCAAUUCAUGGAACUCUAUAAUGAAGAAGUUAUCGAUUUGUUUAAUCCUUCUUACAGCAAAGAUAAAGUCUACAAAAUUCAUGAAGACCCAUACGGAGGUAUACAAGUUAAAGGAGUGACAUUUAAGACAGUGGUGUCUGCAGAAGAAGCGUUGCAGUGCUUGAGGUUGGGAGCCCUAUCCAGGACGACAGCCAGCACCCAAAUGAAUACUCAAUCGUCGCGAUCCCAUGCCAUAUUCACGUUGCACAUAAAGCAACAACGAUUAGCUCCGUCUGAAGAUGAAACUGAAGAACCUUCGAACGAGUUCGAAACGCUUAGUGCCAAAUUCCAUUUCGUCGAUCUUGCCGGGUCCGAGAGAUUGAAAAGGACUGGAGCUACCGGAGAGAGACAGAAAGAGGGGAUAUCUAUUAACUGUGGUCUGUUAGCUUUAGGAAAUGUUAUAUCGGCGUUAGGAGACAAAUCCAAAAAGGCAUUGCACAUACCCUACAGAGAUUCGAAACUCACCAGACUGUUGCAAGAUAGCCUUGGAGGUAAUAGCCAGACUGUGAUGAUUGCUUGUGUUAGCCCUAGUGAUAGAGAUUUUAUGGAAACGUUAAAUACGUUGAAAUAUGCCAAUAGAGCUCGAAACAUUAAGAAUAGGAUAUUCGUUAAUCAAGAUAAGAGUUCCAAGACUAUUGCGCAACUGAAGCAGCAAAUAGCUCAGUUGCAAUUAGAAUUAGUGGAGUACAAACAGGGUAAGCGCCUCAUCGGUGAAGAUGGAGCGGAAACGGUUAACGAUAUGUUCUACGAGAAUAAUAUGCUACAAGGAGAGGUUGGUAAUUUAAGAACUAGAGUUAAAGCUAUGCAGGAGACAAUUGAUGCAUUAACGCUCAAAAACACGACACUUCUAGCUGAAAAAGCUACAGGAGCUUGGAUUGGUGUUGUAGGUAGUAACGAACAAGACGUUUCAUACAUGAUCCAAGGAUAUUUGAAGGAAAUAGAAGAACUGAGAGCCAAGUUAAUGGAAUCAACAAAUACUUGUGAACAAUUAAGGAAACAACUAUCGCGUAACCAUCAAUUAGCUUUCUUUGACAGCACUAUGAAAGAAAACACAUCGCUUAUAGAAAAGGCCAAACAAGACCUCCAAAGAGAAAAAGAAGUAUUGAAUCGAAGGUCGCUAGAACUAGAAAAUGAAACGGACGGCGAUAGCGAAAAUGACAGCAGUAGCGAAAGCGAUGAUAAAGAUAUACACCACGAACUAAAAGAUGAAUUAAUAACUUUAACCAACGAUAUAGAUAUGAAACAGAAAUUGAUAGACGAAUUGGAACAUUCUCAGCGCAGAAUGCAAACAAUGAGGCAACAUUACGAAGACAAACUAAUGCAACUGCAAGUAAAAAUCGAAACAACGCAAGAUGAACGAGACAAAAUUCUGCAUUCUUACAGCGCUCAAGCGGAACCGUCGGACAAAAUCAAAAAGGUUAAAGAUGAAUACACAAAGAAAUUAUCUGACAUGCAGAAAGAACUGAAACGACUUCAAGCUGCGCAAAAAGAACACGCCAGGCUCGUGAGGAGCCAGAGCCAAUACGAAAACCAACUAAAAUCGUUCAAAAACGAGGUGUUAGAAAUGAAACGAAACAAAGUGAGAUUGAUCAAUAAAAUGAAAGAGGAAUCGCAAAAGCACAAGGAAGCAGAACAAAAAAGGCUGCGGGAAAUUGCUCAGUUGCGCAAAGAAACUAGAAAGAACGCCAAUGUUAUUAAAUCGAUGCAAAAUGAAAGGAAAAUUAAAGAUCAAGUGCUGAAGCGUAAACAAGAAGAGGUAACAGUAUUGAGAAAGAAUCAGCGGAGUCGACUCAGCGUCAAAGCGUCUGGUAGAGUUAUUAAAAACUACUCAGAAAAAGCCGCUAAACAGAAAUGGCUCAAAGUAGAGAAGGCCAUCAACAAUAUUGCAAUGAGCAAACGUGGUUUAGUUGAGCAAGAAGUGAGGAUGGAACACUUUUUAGAAAAAAGGGAAGUGCUGGGUAAAGAACUUGAAGCUCUAGAAGAACGCAGACGACAAGCCGUUGAAAGGAAUCAAGAUGUAACGCAGCUAGACAGUUACAUUGAAGAUAUCAAAGAAAAUAUAAACUAUGUUCAGGAAACUAUAAGUGAAACCCAACACAACGUAAUGGCUAUUGAAGAAGCUGAAGAUACGAGUGAAAACGCCGAUUUGCAGCUACUAGUCGCCCAAAUAUUUGACAUUGAUGAAGCUAAAUAUGUAAUAAAUAAAUUGUAUAAUAUGACGCUUAGCCAAAAUCAUGCCGUUGCUCAAAGAGAUGCCAAAUUGAAGGAAAGCGAAGCUACUUUAGCCGAGCUGCAGCAGGAAAAUAACGUGAAAGGACAGUUACUGGACCAUGUACUUCACAAUGAAAUUCCUAUAUUUUCCAAGGAGCUUAUUACCAGUAUUUCUAGUACUACUAAUGAUACCACCAGCUCUAAUUCUUCUAGAUCGUCUUCUCCAGUACCCCUAGAUAUGCAUGUAUCUGUUACUGAAUCUCACCUAACUCCCUCAACGUCAAAAUCCAAAAUAAGAAGACGGACGACACAGCCCGCCGAAAUGUUAUUUGGACUUCACGCACAGCCAGACCUGAUGGAUUCUCCACAUGCCUCAGCCAUCAGAUUAGAUUAUGGCGCCCUGCCGAGGGUUCCGAGCAUCCCUGGAACUCUUAAGUUGAAUUCUUGAUGAUACGAGUUUCAUCCAGCGAAGAUAGUAACGAAAAUGAAGAUCUACUUCACUGCAAAUAUAUGAAUCGUUUUCAGGUCAUCACGUCCAUUAAAGAUACGAAAAAGAUGUUUUGUAUCGUGCUCGUAUUAAGUCUACUGUUGUUCUACUUAUUUAUUCCUAUAUGAUGUAUGAGGUUUAAAAUCUAAUAGACUAAUUACCUACCUACUGUAAUUAAAUGUUCACGAAUAUUCACAGUAGAAGUCACUGUUUUAUGGCAGCUCUAAUUUUAGGUUUUAGAUAAAAAAAGAGAACAGAUUUAUGGAUCUUCCUUCCUCCUGAAAAAGGGACCCCUAUGUCAUAACUUAAUUUUAAGUUUUGAACAUGGAAAGUCAGUAAAAGAUAGUGUUAUUGUCGUUUCAUUGUUAAAUGUUUAUAAGAGAUCGUAAAAGUUUUAAAUGAUCUAAUAAAUAUUACCUAUAGUGUUUUUAUUCCAAUAUAUCCCCUUCAUGAACGUUCAUUAAUAAUUCAAGUUUUUCAAAUAUUUUAACCAAUUUAUACUUGAAACGGCACGUUAACAUUUACUAGUUUUGAGGCUGAUUAUCGCAAAACAGUUGUGGGAAUUUGCUCUUUUAAUGUUUAUUAUAGUUACAAUAGAAGAUCAAUUGUGGUUUCUUUAGCCAUGUUUAACCAUCCAAGAUGAUUGCAUACUUUUGAGAUAUGCUACAAGUAGCAGCCUUUUAACAUGUUACGAGUCUUCAACAAUACAAAUUUAAUGAAAAUGGCCGUUCAAAUUGACU